AUGUCUUUCAAGGAGCAGAUCGUGGUGGACUGCCGUGGCCACCUUCUAGGUCGCUUGGCCUCGGUCUUGGCGAAGGAGCUGCUGAAUGGGCAGCAAGUGGUCUGCGUGCGUGCCGAGGACAUCAACAUCUCCGGCUCGUUGUACCGCAACAAGCUGAAGUAUGCGAACUUCAGAAGAAAGCACAUGAACACCAAUCCUCGUCAGGGACCUUUCCACUUCCGAUCGCCCGCCAAGAUCUUGUGGCGCACCAUCCGCGGCAUGGUGCCCCAUAAGACAGCCCGUGGCGCGGCGGCGCUUGAUAAACUGAAGACCUUUGAGGGCAUUCCGCACCCUUACGACCGAAAGAAGCGAAUGGUAGUGCCAAGCUGUCUGAAAGUCCUACGCCUGCGCCCUGAGCGCCGCUUCUGCCGCCUGGGGGACCUCUCCAAGGAGGUGGGCUGGAAGCACGGCGCGCUGAUCCAACGCUUGGAGAGCCAGCGCAAGGUCAAGAGCGAGGCAUUCUACAAGAAGAAGGUAGCUACCACCCGCGCCAGAACAGAGGCUUUGAAGGCAGUGAAGCUGUCCAGUGAGGAGCAGAAGGUUCUGGAGUCUGCCGGCUAUGCGUGA